AUGGGCCGAAGAACUUCCUCCGGAGAGCCUUUGAACGAAGAAUUAUUCGAGGCCCUCAUUCAGGCCGGCGCUGACCCAAACUUAAUGAUGACCAGGGCAAAUCGGCGAUCUCCAUUUUUCUCGCCGAGUUUCUCGGUUCCCAGUCGAAAAGAGCGGGAGAGCCUCUGUGCCAACUCGUGUCACGGGUACGCUUCCCGACCGUCGAGGGAGAGACAGACCUUAGUUACCCCGGGCCCGUUUGUCCCCAAGAAGGAGAUGUACCCAUUCGACUACGCGGUGCACCUGUACGCCAGGCAGCCGGAGAUCGAUGAGGGGAUCCAGCUCAUAGGCGUGGGAGGAUACGAGGUACCAUACAUGUACAAGCUCCCUGCCGACAAGCUCGAGAAGGUUAUUGAGACGUUGGUCGCGCGCGGUGCAGACGUGAUGGCUACGUAUGAGUUUGCAGACGAAUCGAGGAUGAGUAUCAAGGAUAAACUCAUCAUGCGAGGGGCGGACUAUAGAUUCUUCCAGGUUGGCAGGCCCCAACUGGCUGGGAAGAUCUUGAAGCUUUGCAGGACGACCUGUGAAGGUAAACUGUGA